AAACGCUCCUGUCCUUGUGCUCCAUUGGCCGUCUUUGGUCAGGUGGGAUUGGGAUGCCCGAAAUCCUCUCCUGAGACAGGAAAAUACUCAAACAUUCUCCAGAGUUUACUGCGGGCAGACGCAUCAGCAGCACAGUUGACUGGACAUACAUCCAUUUUUCCUGACAGUUUUUUUCUGGAAAAGUUGGGAUGGGGGCUGGAGCGAGCGCUGAGGACAAACGCUCCAGAGAGCUGGAGAAGAAGCUGAAGGAGGAUGCUGACAUCGAUGCGAGAACUGUCAAGCUGCUGCUGCUAGGUGCUGGAGAAUCGGGAAAAAGCACAAUCGUCAAACAGAUGAAAAUUAUCCACAAAGAUGGUUACUCACUUGAAGAAUGCUUGGAGUUUAUUGUCAUCAUCUACAGCAACACCCUGCAGUCCAUCAUGGCCAUCGUGAAGGCCAUGAACACAUUCAACAUGAACUAUGGACACUCAGAUCAGCAGGAUGAUGCCCGAAAACUGAUGCACCUUGCAGACACCAUUGAGGAGGGUACCAUGCCUAAAGAGCUGGCAGACAUCAUUCUGCGUUUAUGGAAGGACUCUGGCAUACAGGCGUGCUUCGACAGAGCCUCGGAGUACCAACUCAAUGACUCUGCUGGAUACUACCUGAAUGAUUUGGAGCGGCUGGUCCAGCCAGGCUACGUGCCCACCGAGCAGGAUGUGCUGCGAUCAAGAGUGAAGACCACGGGUAUCAUCGAGACAACGUUUUCCUUCAAAGAUCUACACUUCAGAAUGUUUGAUGUUGGUGGUCAGAGAUCAGAAAGAAAGAAGUGGAUCCAUUGUUUCGAAGGUGUGACCUGUAUCAUCUUCAUCGCUGCUUUGAGCGCCUACGAUAUGGUGCUCGUUGAGGAUGACGAAGUGAACCGAAUGCACGAAAGUCUGCACUUGUUCAACAGUAUCUGCAACCACCGCUACUUCGCUGCUACCUCUAUCGUUCUCUUUCUAAACAAGAAAGACGUGUUCAUUGAGAAGAUCAAGAAAGCUCAUCUGAACAUGUGCUUCCCUGAGUACGAUGGCCCCAACACUUACGAGGACGCUGGUAUCUACAUCAAAAUGCAGUUCUUGGACCUGAACAUGCGCAAAGACAUCAAAGAAAUCUACUCUCACAUGACCUGUGCUACAGACACAGAGAACGUGAAGUUUGUGUUUGACGCCGUCACUGACAUCAUCAUCAAAGAAAACCUGAAAGAUUGUGGUCUCUUUUAAGAGCCAUGUUGAGACAUAAUAAAGGGGUUCUUCAAGCGCCGUCACAUUACAGAAAUCUCUUCUCUAUUCAAACUGAGGACUGAAGAUGAAAACUUUCCCCUCAAACAGAAAUCCUCCAACAAGUGAAAGCAAAAUCGUUUUUUUUAAACAAUUUGUUUUGUUCAAAAGUAAGUUGAAGCUUUAAAGACUUUGUUUUAACUGAGAGAAGAAGACAACUCUUGCAUCAUAAAAUCCUGUGCAGAAUUCAGACAAGCUGACUUCUAGGCAGGCUGAUUUUUCAUAAAAGUCUUCUGAACUUGUCUUUGGAGGGCUGUGCAAUCUUGUAGAUAAGACAUCUGUCAGUAUAAAGUGAUUUAAUCUUACAUAAAUAAAUGUCUGGCUAAUGCAUUAA